AUGAGCCCAACUACCCACUUACCUAAUGUUAAUUCUAACCCAAAUUCCGUCGAAUCGUCCAAUUCCACUGCCAACAUUUUUCUAGGUGGUGUGCGGAGAUCGUGGAUGCUGAAUGCAGCCAACUGUUCCUCUUCUCUCUCCUGCCACUCCGAAUUACCUGACGGUUCAGCUACCACUGCUCCUUCGGAUAAAGUUGUUACUGAUACUGAUGCUGCUGCUGCUGCUGGCCGGACGCGUCAACAAGGCAUGCGAGAGUCGUCCUCUCUUCGCGUGCUUCCCGUGCCAUCCCAAAGUCAAGAGAAUGCCGCGUCAGUCACCACUGCUGCCGCUGCGCCCUUACCCCCUCAAUCGCAGCCGAAUGUAAUGUCCCCGGUGACUCCUGGUCACGCCCAGCAGCAGUUCCAGCAGCAAUCUCCCAUUUCGCAGGACUCGUCGUGGCACGUCGUUUCUGACCGAGCGGGGCCCGACCCUCCUCUAGCAGCGACAGCUACCACCACCGUUGUGUCUCGGCGGUCCGCUUCGCGUACCCUCCAAACCCCGAUCGUAGUCCCUUCUCCAAUAUAUGACAGCUCCAGCAAUAUCGUCAAUCGCAAUGGCGCAAGUCCCUCGGUUACAUCAUUUCCGUCCCCUCACACCGUGGGGCCAGCGCCGCUGCCUCACCAGCCACAGGUUGGGGCAGCAGUGUCUACAUCUUCACCAGUUGGUGUUGGAGCCGUGAAUAUAAUAGCCGGGAAUCCUACCAGGGCUGGGCAUCAACGGGAAAGGAGCAAUAUUUCUCUGCAACUGCAGAGACGGGACUCGCACGCAUCUCACUCACACUCCCCAGCUUUAUCUCCAGCGUUUCCACCCUCUGCCGCAUCCCCUAGACAACAGAUGGUGCAGCCCCCUAAUACAUCCCGGCGCAAUCCAUUCCACAAUCCCCUCCUGGAUGACGCAUUUUACGAACAAUCGUUGAGGACACUUGAAAAUUUCCAGCAUCAGCUGAAGCAGAGGGAUUGUCUCGGAAAUGUAGAACAGCCACGGACACAACUUCUGUACCAAGCUUGUGCUGAACGAGAUCCUAUGUUCCUCGCGAUUCAUCAGGUGUAUUGUCUGCAUAGCCUUGCCCCACAAGAAUUUUUCCAGUUGCCGGGAUAUUCCGUACCCCAGGAGUGUGGUUUAGAUGUGAUUAGGAGACUCCUAGUAGAAAACAGUCGGGUCUCAGGGGGUUUUCUCAGAUGGUCUGCUCAGUUUCCUGCCCCACUUGCUGGGUUGAUACAGAGUUCUAGAUAUGGACAGGCUGUGGAGCAGGCCGGGCAAUGUCUCCGCCUGCUCGGUGAAAAGUGGCCCAUGUAUGUGAAGGAAGUGCGAAAGCGGGAGUUCCCACCGUUGGUCGACGAGCUUGUGAAGAACUUCGGCAUCACAUCAGGGGCUCUGGCGUAUACCGUCUUUCUCUCCACGUGUCGUACAUUGCCCGGAUCCAAGAGCGAAGAGCAUUUGAAGGCCGUCUGGGAGCUAGACCUACGGUACUACCAGCAGCGUUGCGCAUCACCGCGUCUGGUAUCUAAUGCACAGAUUCAAGAAGAGACCCAGAAGGUCGUUCAGGCAUACCGCUCGGUUUGCGCUGCAGCUGUCACGCAUCAGCCGGGGCCACCCCCGAACCUGCCCUAUGGGCCCAUGUCGAUCGGAAGUGAGAGAGAUUCUAUGUUACAUCCGGUGGCCAGACCUACCAGCACAGGUAGUCCUCAGGUCCGCAAUCCCCAGAUGACGCUUCCAUUGCCCAAUCAACCCGGCCCUUUGGUGUCGCAGGGUACAAUGAUUGUCCGAUCCAAUGUCGAGAGCAACCGGUGCUCCAACCCAAGCAACUGUUCCGCCCAUGGUAUAUCCGUCCCAAAUUGCGCAUCCUCCACCGGGAGGCAGAAUUCCGUCAAUGCAACCCGCGGUCCAAGUCCCACGACAGGUAACUGCAGGGCCACCUCAGCUAGAGCUACGAAACAAUGGGGCUGGGCCGUCCAUGCAACCAGUGAAUCUGAGGCAUCAUACUCAACCCCCAACCUCUCCAUUGUCUCAGCGACCGCCUCGUCCACAUCCCCCGCCUGUCCUUCUUCUUCCCCCUCCAGGCUCCCAUCCAUUGAAUACAAUACCGCCCCAACCGCUUCGUGA